UCUGAUAUCGAAGCGCGAAAGAUCGACCAGAGGAAUAGUGCGAAAAUCAUACGUUUUUCAAUACACGGAAGUAUCUUAAUCAGUUUUAAUAUAAUUGUGGACUAAGCAAGCGAAGAUAUUUUCAAAAAAAGUUUGCAGUCAAUAUAGUUCAGUGAUUUUAUCCGUUUUAUAUCUAAAUUAACAAAAUUUAAAUAGUGCUUUGAAUAAUUAUCCUUUUCGCGUAUCUUAAAAUCAAAUAAAUCCAAAAUGAAUACAGAAGGUUUUCGUGAAUAUGGCAAAAAAAUGGUGGAUUAUAUAUGUAAUUAUCGGGACAAUAUUCAGGAGAGAGAAGUUGCACCCACAUUGGAUCCAGGAUACUUGAAAAAACUUAUACCGAGCGAGGCUCCGACCAAAGGAGAAGAUUUCGACCAAAUUCUCCACGAUGUAGAAAACAAAAUCAUGCCUGGAAUCGUACACUGGAAUCACCCUAAAUUCUUUGCAUAUUUUCCUGCUGGAAAUUCAUAUCCAUCAAUUUUAGCUGACAUGUUGAGUGAUGCAUUCGGAUCCAUUGGCUUUUCUUGGGCCUCCAACCCUGCUGCAACAGAGCUCGAAACGAUAGUAUUAGAUUGGUACGCAAAAGCCUUAGGUUUGCCAACCUUCUUCCUAAGUGACGCUCCUGGAAGUUGUGGUGGUGGUGCACUCCAAGGCUCUGCAUCAGACUGUGCCCUCGUCUGCCUCAUAACCGCACGUGCCCGAGCCAUCAAAAAACUGAAACAAGGCAAUGAACACAUUCAUGACAGCGUCUACCUCCCACAACUCGUAGCCUAUGCCAGCAAAGAGGCUCAUUCCUCAGUAGAAAAGGCUGCAAAAAUGGCAAUUGUUAAGCUUCGAAUCCUCGACACAGACAAUCAUGGAUGCUUCCGUGGUGACGCUCUUCGGGCUGCUAUCGAACGAGAUGUUGCUGAAGGUCUAACACCAUUCUUUGUUGUCGCAACUGUUGGAACUACUGCAGCAUGCGCUUUUGAUAAUCUCACCGAACUCGGUAAAGUUUGCAAAGAUUACCCCAGCAUAUGGUUCCACGUGGAUGGUGCAUACGCCGGGAACUCAUUCAUACUACCCGAAAUGAGACGUUUUGCCAAAGGAAUGGAAUACGCUGAUUCAUUCAAUACAAACCCAAACAAGUUGUUGUUGACGAAUUUCGACGCGUCAGCAAUGUGGGUCAAGGAUGUGAUGGCGCUUAAAACAGCGUUGGCGGUCAAUCCACUCUACUUACAACACGAACACUCGAGUGCCAUUGACUAUCGUCACUACGGUAUUCCAUUGAGUCGAAGAUUCCGAGCACUGAAAUUAUGGUUUGUUUUCCGAUCGUAUGGUAUCGUUGGCUUGCAAAAUUACAUCCGCAAUCACAUCAAAUUGGCUAAGAAAUUCGAGGCAUUGGUUCAAGAUGACGAACGAUUCGAAGUGAGGAAUGACGUACAUUUGGGACUUGUUUGCUUUAGAUUAAGAAUAUCAGAUCAAAUCAAUCGUGAAUUACUUGCUCUCAUCAAUCAUUCCGGUAAAAUGCACAUGAUUCCAGCCAUGGUGAGAGGAAGGUUUGUGAUACGAUUUUGUGUGACAUACGAGCAUGCGGUGGAGGAGCAUAUAGAAGAAGCAUGGCGUGAAAUUAAGAUGCGUGCUGACGAAGUACUCAAGGAUGCCGAAUCUCCGGUGGAACCAAUCCAAGUGCCCAAACCAAAACCAAAGAAGAAGCUCACUCGCACCGAAUCGGCUCGUUUCUCCUUCACCCGGAGCGUAUCCCACGAGAUCUUCGAGAGGCAAUGCAGCCGAUCAAAUCUUGUCGAUGGAUGCACGCCUAUUAUUGUCCUCGAUACAGAUGAGAUUCUUGCUAGUCUAAACAAGGCCAGUCGACUAAAUCAAUUGAAACGAGCCAAUUGCAUAGAUCACGAUAGCACAGACGAAGCAAGCAAUUGAAACUCAAAUUAAGUGUUAUUGUUCCAUUGAAAAUCUCUCAGAAAGAAUUUACCAAGAAUGUAUUUCUAUUGUAUAGAUUGUAUUUUGUAAAUUAUUUGAUAUAGACAGAUGUAAGGUUCAUUAUUUAUUGACGUAAAUUAAGAUUUUAUUUAAGAUUAUCAUACGCAAAUGCCACCAUGAACACGAAGAAGUAUUAUUCUAUUUUAGUAACGAGAAAAUCAUUUGUAUGUUACGUUUCAUUAUUUAUGAUAGUUGAUAAGGAUGUUUCCAUAAAUCGCAACGCGAAUAAAUCAAGUAUUAUGACCAUUUA